GGGGAAAGCGUUCAGUGGGACUCUCCGGGGGGUUGGUUGUCAGGGGGACAAGGGGGGGUUUGAAGGCCCGGGACCCCAUCCUCACAGGCGGUGGGGGGGGCCCGGAAAAGAUGGCUGACUCACGACCGCUUCGAUAUUGAGCCUGUGUGGAGAGUCCGAAGCAGAAAGCCCCGGUGGAGGAUGAGCCUGCUGUGUGCGCAGUAUCUCCGGCAGGCCGAAGUCCUGAAAGCAGAUAUGACAGAAUCCAAGCCUGGCACAGCAGAGGUGUGGACAUCGCGUCAAGCUCUACAGGACUUGUACCAGAAGAUGCUCGUCACAGACCUGGAGUAUGCACUGGACAAGAAGGUGGAGCAAGACCUCUGGAAUCAUGCCUUCAAGAACCAGAUUACAACGCUGCAGGGUCAGGCGAAAAACCGGGCGAAUCCGAAUCGCAGUGAGGUGCAGGCUAAUCUGUCAUUAUUCCUAGAGGCAGCUAGUGGAUUCUAUACACAGCUUUUGCAGGAGUUAUGCACUGUGUUUAAUGUGGAUUUACCAUGCCGAGUGAAGUCCUCUCAGCUGGGGAUUAUCAGCAAUAAGCAGAUGCACUGUGGGACCGUGGUGAAACCUCAAUCCAGUUCCUGCUCCUAUAUCUGCCAGCACUGCUUGGUUCACCUUGGAGAUAUUGCUCGCUACAGAAAUCAGACAAGCCAAGCUGAAUCAUAUUACAGACAUGCUGCUCAACUUGUCCCUUCCAAUGGUCAGCCAUAUAAUCAGCUGGCUAUCCUUGCCUCUUCGAAGGGGGAUCAUUUGACCACUAUUUUUUACUACUGCCGCAGCAUCGCUGUUAAGUUUCCUUUCCCAGCAGCCUCCACAAACCUGCAGAAGGCUCUUUCCAAAGCACUGGAGAGUCGCGAGGAGAUGAAAAAACGAUGGAGUGUCUCAGAUUUUAUCAAGGCCUUCAUUAAGUUCCACGGACAUGUUUAUUUAGCAAAAAAUUUGGACAGAGUGAGCCAUCUGCGAGAGCAACUGGAGGAGCAAUUCAAGAGUAUGGUAUUUCAAAAAGUCUUCAAUUCCCAGCAGUUGGUUCAUAUCACAGUGAUCAACCUGUUUCAGCUGCACCACCUGCGGAAUUUCGGUAUUGAGGCCGAGCAACAGAGCUUUAGCCAAGAUGAGGACCUGUGCUGGUCUCAGCUGCUGGCUCUCUUCAUGUCGUUCCUUGGCACCCUUUGCAGAAGUCCCUCCAAGACCCGUCACUGUGAUGAAACAUCCUGUGCCGAUCCACUUCCUGCUAUCAAGGUGUCUCUCGACUGGAUGAAGCUGCGUCCCACUGUAUUUCAGGAGACCGCUAUGGAGGAAAGACAAUAUGUUUGGCCAUGGCUGAUUUCCCUGUUAAACAGUUUUCGUGUACUAGAGGAAGACCUGACCAGUACCAACUUGUUGCCGCUUCCAGAGGAGUUUGAGCUUCAGGGGUUUCUGGCUCUUCGACCAGCAUUCAGAAACCUUGACUUCUCUAGAGGCCACCAAGCUAUUAUCGGAGACCGGGAAACUCGGCACCGCCGACUGCGAGCCAUUCGCCUUGUCUCAUUAGGAAAGUGGAUAUCUGAAAACCAGCCGAGGCUGUUGCAGUACCGUACUGUGCAAGGUGAAGUUUCCUUCUUCACAGAUAUUCCUGAAGUCAUGAUUGAAGAUCCAGAUGAUGCUGAAGACUUGUCUUCGCCACUGGAGACUAGGCAGGCAGACACUCAGAAAACCGAGCUAAGUCCCGGUUUGAAAUCUGUACUUUCCACUGGGCGCAGCCCCAACGGUGACACUUCUGAAAAGCCUGUGGUUACUUUUAAAGAGAACAUUAAACCCCAGGAGGUAAACCGUGAUGUGCCAGCUCGGAGUUAUACAAGAACAGCCAAUGCUGGUAAAGAACUGAGAGACUUUAAUAAAGGGAUUAAUGCUACCUCUAACAAGAAGGAUAAUAACGGCAAACGAAAGAAUGAACCCAAGAAGGCUGGUGCUGACAAGGUGCAGGAAUCGGGAAAACAGAGCAUUGCUGUGCAGGUGAAAACGUCAGUCUCUGAGGCAAGAAAAACACCAGUGACCCCGACAUCUAGUCCAAACACCAACACACAGUUCAUACCUAUCCACCAUCCUGGUGCUUUCCCACCUUUGCCUAGUCGACCAGGAUUUCCCCCUCCUGCCUAUGUCAUCCCACCUGUGGCAUUCUCAAUGAGUUCUGGGUAUACCUUUCCUCCUGGAGUCAAUGUUCCUGGAUCUUUCCUGCAGCCUUCAUCUCAUUCUGCUGCUGGGAGUCAGGGGCCUCCAGGUAAACAGUCCCACAUUCCUUACAGCCAGCAGCGGCCUUCAGGCCCAGGGACGCCAGUCCAAGGAGCUCUUGGUAACCAUCUGCCUGGCCAGUCACAGCCACAAGCUCCGUCUAGUUCUCCAACUCAACAAAGCACACCGACAUCAGCACAGCUGCAGAUUCAAGUGAUGGCGCAGCAACAUUCACCCACUAAACCUAUACAGUCUCUUGGAAAGAACCCCCAGCUCCACCCUUCUCUCCAGCAGUACCAGCAGACUGUAGACGCCUCUAAGCAGUUAUGGAACUCUCCUCAAGUCCCAAACUCGCUCGGAAAGCUACUACCACCAAUGAAGCAAAACUAUUUCAUGGACGGUCGUCUGCCAAGUGAACCUCUGAGCAUGUUGGAGCAGUGCCUACAGCAUCCAAUCAUGCAGCAGCCCCUGGAGAAGAAGAUGAAGUCUUUCCCAGUGGAUGCCUACAAUCAGAACACUUCUGAGAUGAAGAUGUCCGACUUCUACUGGGGGGACCAAACAUCUUACAACCUAAAUGACAACAGAGCCCUGUUGGCACAGCAGUCCAUUAAUAACCAACGGAGCAAGCGCCAACCAGCUGGCUAUCGGUCAGGGCAGGAUUCAAUUGCAAGAUUACCAUUCGAGGAACCCAAGCGUUCCCCUCUCCUUCCCCCGGACCUGUUAAAGAGUCUGGCUGCUCUAGAGGAGGAGGAAGAGCUGGCUUUCUCCCCUCCUCCUGAUCUUUACCCAGCUCUGCUCGGCCCUCUGGCCACACUCCCUGGACGAAGCCUCUUUAAGUCUCUUCUGGAAAAGCCAUCUGAGCUGAUAUCCCAGCCCCCCUCUUUCCUCUCACUCACUGGAUUUUCACUGAGCCAGCAGGAAAGGUUCCCGAGUAACAGCGUCUUCAAUGAUGUGUACAGCAAGUCGUCCUGCGGUAGCACGAAAUCGGAAGUGUGCCAUCCAAUCGGACAGCAGGAGACCUCUCUUUAUUCUCUGUUUGAGGGCAAACCUUGGUCUCCAUCUCUUCCAGCAAGCUCGGACCAUUCUACACCAGCCAGUCAGUCACCUCAUUCAUCAAACCCGAGCAGCUUACCAAGCUCUCCACCCACCACAAACCAUACAGCCCAGCCCUUCUCCAACUUCGGGCCUAUAGGAACCCCAGACAACCGUGAUCGGCGUUGUGCUGACCGAUGGAAGACUGACAAGCCAGCUAUGGGUGGCUUUGGUCUGGAUUACCUGUCUGUGACCUCAUCAUCCGAGAACAGCUGGCGCCAGAUAAAUAAUUCCAGCAGUGCGAAUGCUUGGGCAGCUCAAAGCAACGCAAGAGAGGACUCUUCAGCUGCUCUGAUGGAGAGCUUGAAGUCUAUUUGGUCAACCACAAUGAUGCACCCUGGCCCAUCAGCCCUGGAGCAGCUCCUGAUGCAGCAGAAGGAGAAGCAGCAGAGAGGACAGGGAUCACUCAAUCCUCCGCACUGAGAGACGGGAAGAAGAACCCAGUGACAUACAUGGCAUGAUUGGUCAGCAGCACAGGACAGGAUAUGUCCUGAGCCCUGAGGAGGGCAGCCCUCUCUCCCCCCUCACCGAUCUGGGGGGGAGCACAUGUGGGGGAGCGUCCAGCGUAUCCCACCAAAUCUGAAAACCCCCGACCGCAGGCGACGCAGUUACCUGACGGACACAGCAGGAAGUUCCCCCUCCAGAGGGAGCUUGGGACUUCUUGAGUAUGGGGGGAAAAGGGGUAACGUGCCCCCAUCUUUCUCGUUAUUUGUGCAUGCCUCUCACAGCACCCCCUGAACUUCUGCCUAACACACGGAUAGGAAAUAUCCCCCAGCAGUGCAAGGCAGGUGGGGGCAAUAAGAGCUCUUCCCUCAGCCGUAAUGAGUUUUAUGGUUCUGUAUCUAGGUGGCGGGUGCACAAGAAACACCCCCCGCAUCCAAUUUACAACCGAAUGUCAGGGACUCUCUCCAUUAGUGGAGACUGAGGAACUGGUCCCCUCUCGCCCACCAGCUUGUGCUGGCUGAGGGAGGUGUGAUUGAAUGGGUAACUUUUUUUUUUUUUUUCCCCUUUCAGGGGAAUGGGUGAGGGGUUGCGUGUCUGUGUCACAGUUAUGAAUGCUUGCUUGUUCCCAUUGAGUGUCCUUAAUCUACUUUGGUGUCUGUCAUUCCCUGCCUGCUUAAUUGUCAUGUGUGUUUGUGUGUGCGCUCAAUGUUCCCCUAAAGCUGAGUAUUGCAGUCUGGAUGGUGGCAUAUUGGGGAGGUGCUUUUAUGAUGGGGCAGAACAUAGCAUAGAACUGGGCUAUACAGCCCUCCCUUCCCUCCCAUGGGUUAUAGCUAGACUUCAGCUGAUUUUUUUUUAUUUUUUUUUCCUCUCCCCUUAUUAGCCUGCCUCUUUGCGAAGUCCCUUACAGCUGGCGGAGGGGCACCUGAAGUGUAGGAUCAAGUUGCAAUACUAGUUGCAAGUGCCAGAGCUGAUAGCACAAGGCAAGAACAGGAAUUGUUCUGUCCUCUACACUGCUCCAGCAAGACGACGAGCAUUGCGCACAAGCAGUGAGAGAGCUGGGAUGGUUGCGAGUGGUGAGCAAGAUGAACACAUGAUCUAGUGGAAAUAUGGUGAAAAAGAGCAUGAGUGCCUCACGUGUCCAUCUGGAUGGAGUGAGAAAUGGUUCUUCUACGUAGAGUCGGCAUACAGGUCGCCCCUAUGUGUGUUUGUGGAUGUCAAGGGGUACCAUCUGGUGCCCCCGCACGUUUAGCACCUCCUGCAUUGAACAUACAUCUAACACACAGUUUGGGGCCAGAUGUUUUCCGUAGAACGAAGGAUUCUCUUGGAAGAAGCCAGUACUCUUUGGGGAUAAAAUAUAAACUGAGAAGUGGCAAGGUGCCACUUUGGCUAUUUUAGCAGGAUCUAGAGUGUGGAGACCCCUAUUCACUCCUCCCCUUUUCCUUGUGUUCUUGUGUGAGCACCGUCUGCUCAGAUCUGCUUUACCAUUAAUAAACUCAUCUUCUCUA